AUGAAUAGUUUCCGGCCCGCGAGUACCGACAGGCAGCGUUGCAGGGAGUGCGCGCGCGGCUGCCCCGACGCGACGCUGCGCGCGCGCCUGCUGGAGGCGGCGGCCGCGCUGGCCGACCAGCUGCUGGCGGACGCGCGCGCCCAGCCCGGCUUCGACGCGCUGCGCCGCCAGCUGCUGCGCACCUACGUGGACUUGGGGCAAGGUAGACGCGCUGCCGCCCUCGCAGAGAAGUUCCAGGACUACGAGCUGCUGGUGGAGCUCUGCGUGGCCGACAACGACAUGGAGCGUCUGCACGGGUACAUCGAGAAGUACUCUGACCAGGGCAUCGCGGAGAUCGCGUUCGCGUGGCUGGCUUCUGGCGACGGGGCGGCGCAGGCGCUGCUGGUGCGCGAGCUGGGCGCGCGCGGCGGCGAGCGGCUGGCGCGCUGGCUCUCCGCCGCGCCCGAGCCGCGCCGCGCGCAGCUGCUCGCGCUGCAGCAGCUGGGCCGCAGGAGGCCGCACGCCGCCGCCGCCGCCCUGGCGAGCCUCGCACGCCUCGAGCAGAAACAGCCGCAGCCGCUCAGCCGCACCACGACGAUGGCGUCGCUGGCCAAGCUGUGCCUGGCGGCGGCGGAGGAGGAGCAGCCGCAGCUGUGCGGCGAGCUGGAGCGGCGGCUGGCGCUGUGCGAGCAGCAGGCCGAGCUGCCGGCCGCGCUGCGCCCCAACGACGCUCAGAACGCGCCGCUCAUGAGCCCCGCGCAGCUGCUAGAGCUGUACAUUGAUUCGGAGAGUGAACCUUUAACGGAAUAUGACUACAAAAAGGCAUUGGAUCUCACGGAAAUGGUUGAAGACCUGGAAGAACGCGAAGACCUAAAAUUGCAGGUGUGGGACGCGUGUGCGGCCCGCGAGCGCUGGGCGGAGGCGGCCGAGGCGCCGCGCGAGUCGCUGCUCUACCGCCUGGCCGAGCUCGUGCACCUCAUGGGCGGCGAUGUGCGGCAGUGGCUGCCCCCGCUGCCGGCGCUGCUGGCGGGCCCGAAGCUGGCGCCGCUGCUGAAGGAGGCGCGCGCCCUCUACGCGCUCAAGCUGGCCUACGAGCACGUGCACGACGAGCUGUGCCAGCGGCCCGCCUCGCCCGCCCGC